CCAAGCACUAAGCACGAUGGGCGAAUCCACACAACCCGCGCCCGCCGAAUCCGGCGAUUCCAAGCUGCCCAAGAUUGCGGAGCAGCAAGAAGAUCCUCCGCAGAAAGAUGCAGCGGCGGAUUUCGAGACCGCCAUCGAUGCAGCUGGCUUUGGGAUGUUCAACAUCUUCCUGCUGGUGGCCGCCGUUCCAGCGGCGAUGGGCACCGUCUACGAGACCUCCACGAUGUCCUACAUUCUGCCCAGCGCCGAGUGCGAUCUCAAGCUGAGCCUCCUGGAUAAGGGCAUCCUGAACGCCAUCACCUAUGCGGGCAUGAUCAGCUCCGCGAUUAUGUGGGGCUACUUGGCCGACACGAAGGGCAGGAGGAAGCUCCUGAUUGUGGGCUAUGCCGCCGAUACGCUGUUCGUGCUGGGCGGGGCCUUCAGUCAAAGCAGGAUCCAGCUGAUGGUCUUCAAGUACCUUGGUGGCUUCUGUAUGAGUGGCCCCUUCGCCGUGCUCAUGACCUAUCUGACGGAACUCCACGGACGGAAGCAUCGUCAGCGAAUCAUGAUGAUAGUGGGCAUCAUGUUCUCCAUUGCAACACUCACGCUGCCGGGAUUGGCCAUGCUGAUUUUGCCCCAAACGUGGAACCUCCGUAUCUGGGCUCUGACGCUGACCUCCUGGCAAAUUUUCGUUGCCAUCACUGCGGUGCCAAGCUUCCUGAGCUUUGUGCUCUUCUUUUUCUUCCCGGAGAGCCCAAAGUUUCUGAUGUCCAAGGGACGCAACCGGGAGGCCUUGGCGGCCUUCAAGUUCAUGUACCACCUGAACUCGCGGAAGCCUAAGGACUCGUUUCCAAUCAAGCUGCUAGCCAAUGAAGUAAUCGUUCCUGAAAAAAGACACAAGAAGGGCGAAGAUGUUUCGGCUGAGAUCAAAAUGCCCAUCGAGAAUGCUGAAACUCAGGAUCCAGAGUGUCAGGACGCCAAGAAGAGUUCUCUGCGUUCUGGUUUCACCCAGCUGCGGCCACUUUUCACCAAGCCCUACUUGGGCCUUUCUCUCUGGGUGUAUUUGCUCAACUUUUGCGUGCUCCUGGGGCAGAACACCUUUCGAUUGUGGCUGCCACAGCUCUUUGCGUCGAUCAACGAGUUCGAACUGUUGAUGGAGGGUCAGUCGGAGUCGACGAGCAUCUGCAACAUCCUGGAGUUCAGUGUCAAUCGCACCGAGCGCCAGCUGGAGGCAGCCAUGCGGAGGGAUCAAGACGCCGAGUGCGUUGUGAAUAUAACCGCAUCCACCUACACCAACAAUCUGGUUGUGGCUGCCGCGGGCCUAGUAGCCUACAUGCUGGCCGGAUUCCUCGUGAAUCUGGUUGGCGUCAAGCGCAUCAUGACCUUGGGACUCUUCGCGGCCGGCUGCUGUUCCAUCGGGAUGUACUGGUCCAGUUCGGCGGUAUCCACAGUGGCCAUCGCCUCGCUGUUCGUGACCAUGGGCAGCAUUUCCGCCACCUCGGUGAUCAGUGCCUCGGUCAACCUCUUCCCCACCUCGCUCAGGACGAUGAUUGUGUCGCUGGAAAUGAUGUUCGGCCGCCUGGGCUCCCUGCUGGGCAAUAUCUUCUUCCCGGCCCUGAUGGGAUUGGGCUGUGUGCCGCCCUUCCUCAUGAUCAGUUCGUUCAUGCUGGCUGGAUGCCUGAUGGCCGCCUUUCUGCCGCUGAAGAACAAGGCUGCCUUGAAGUGAGCUGCCAACAAGCUUUCAACUCAGUUCCAUUCCACUGCUGUACAUAGUGUAUUUAACUUAGUUCCUAGGUUAGUUCUCCUCACACUCUUGCAGGACACAAGGCAUGGCCCUUGUUCAGAUGGUCCGACUAUAAAUUAGACAAUAAGUGUCCGUUGUAAAAAGAUCAAAGAUAUUUAAUCAACAUUUAAGCCAAAACAUGGUCCUGCUCUCGGCUCCCCCACCUCGAGCUCGAAUUCAAUCAACCUGCAAGGGUAUUACAAGCUGCGGCUCGUCAAAGAAUCCAUUUUGUUUUCCCGAUGUUUUUUUUUGUGUCCUUUUGCUUUGGUUUAAUUAAAAGUUAAUUUAUUUUAGAUUGCAAGUUCCUAGGAUUAAGCAAUUUGUAUGCAAUUUCGUUUCACUUGUCAAUUACACGAAUUCCUCCCCAUCAAUUUCCAUAAA